AUGUUUUCAUGUUCGCGACUGAGGGUGUUCGUUUUUCUCCUGACCGUAUUUGCAACUGCUGCUUGGCCAUAUCCUUUUGGCGAUAAGCCAGAUGGUGCGGAUGAUGCAAGGCGAGGCAAAGAGUCACUUAUCUCGGGAUCUCCCUUCGCCCAUCCAUCUUUGCAACAGUACGAAUUUGACCCAGACUUUUUGAGACUUCUUUUGUCCAACAUCGAGGCAGAAGCUACGAGUCAUCAUCAUCAUGUAUUGCAAAACGUCAUACAAUAUCAUGGUUGGCAGCCUUUCCAUGCAGACGAUCAAGUAUCGGCUUGGUGGCAUCAUGCAAACCAACCCACAAUUCCUUCUCAGCCGGACAAACAUGUCUUUCGAUCUUUCCAGCCAGAUCAGCGAGAUCAGGGUCAAGCGGGUAGCAGUCGGGUUAAGGAGAGCGUUCCUGAAACGCAAAGUCUCUUAUCAAAUCUGGAGCCUGCUCCCAAACGCCAGAGAACAAUGCAACGCGUGGCCGAGGCCUUUCGCCAUUUCAACACCAACGGCAGGCUCGAGGACGUACAAGCGCUCAAGAGCAUAAUACAGCGUCCUCAGAUAGACGUGGCAGCGGCAAGCCAGGCACAAGCCCCAACCAAAAGUUUUCAAGCUGCUUUUUCAAGCCCAAUCCAAGAUGAUCUAGGUCGGACAUUUCAUCGUGGCCCUCCCACUACGAACGAUGUCGACACUUCUGCAGACAGGCCCGAGACACACACAACCGCCGAGAGGUCUCAUAAAUCUCCGCACUCUAUGGGUGAGCAUUACAGUCGUGGUAACACCCCGAGGCCACCCGAGAUGGACGAACUGAGAAACCUUCCGGUGUCCACACCUCCUCUGCAAAGAUCUCGAGAUCUCCGUCAUUUCUACCAACGUAUCGAUGACCCCACCAUCCGCGAACUCAUCAACAGCCAAAUAUUUGCGGGCAAGCUAGUUUGGAUCGACAAGAAGACCGUGCCUCCCAAGAAGGUCGCGGGUACCAACAAGCUAGCGCUUCAUCCUAGUCGUAUUCUUCCGCUGAAAAACUUGCCCGAGAUCCACCUUCCUGAUGGCCACGGAACCAUAAGAGAUGUCAGGGUUACUCUGCAUGGUGGCAGGCUUAAGCAUCGGGUUCCUUGGCCAGAAGGUCACCCACUAAUUGGACAGAACUUUUACGCAUUCUGGGGUAUUCCAGAAGUAGAGGACCACCAGAAUCUUGGGCAUAUACAUGACUACGGAAUCGCUUACCUGCCACCGCAACACCGUGCCGAAGUCAACAGCAACUUGAGAGCCUUACGCAAGGAGAUCGCUGACAAAGCAAGGGAAGCAACUCGUCUGCAUGCCUAG